AUGGCUGACCAGAACAAUGCUUGCAACGAGCAAAUCAAUAACGCGAUGGUUUCUGAUAGUAACUUUUUCAUCAAUAUCCUCUUGAGGGAGUGUGGUGAUGUAUUUCUUGGCAUAAACUCACUUAUUGAUGUUGCGGGAGGACACGGUGGAGCUGCUAGGGCAAUUGCUAUGUCGUUCCCCCAGAUGAAAUGCACUGUGUUGGAUCUCCCUCAUGUGGUUGCUGGAGCUCCCAGUGAUGCCCAUGUGUCAUUUAUUUCUGGCGAUAUGUUUAAGUACAUUCCACCGGCGGAUGCUCUUUUCCUGAAGUGCAUUUUUCACGAUUGGUGUGAUGAAGACUGUGUCAAGCUACUGAAGAAUUGCAAGGAAGCUAUCCCUCCCAGAGAUGCUGGUGGAAAGGUGAUAAUCGUUGAUAUGGUGGUUGGAUCUGGGCCAGAUGACAUUGUAACAAGAGAGACACAGGUUUUCUAUGAUCUCUUUAUCAUGGGUGCUGAGGGGAUUGAGCGAGAGGAAUUUGAGUGGAAGAAGAUAUUUAUGGAAGCUGGGUUCAGCAAUUACAAAAUUCUAUCAGUGCUGGGAGUUAGAUCUGUUAUUGAGCUCUACCCUUGAACACUCGAUGAAAAACUACGCGGUAAUCGGUAUAUUGUGUAUUAAUAAACUGGCAUGAAUAACAUGUGUGCUUUUCUGGCUGCAUGCCUUUAGCCUAGUGUGGUGAAUAGUGUACUACCUUAUUGUAAUUUUUGCGAGGUGUGAGCGUUGUGACCAAUAAAUUAGCUCUCUUACUACAUAGCAAAUAUAUGCAGCAGGUUAUUAGAAUCUGUUCCAGCAGUGUU